GUGUUGAUAAUAAACUUCCAGAGACUUCGCAGCCGAAAAACACAGGAGAAAUAUCCUGUCUUCAGCGGCAAUACGUGACAAUAGUGGUGUUUCGUAGUCCAAAGAGGUUCUUUAUUGUGGGAGUCCUGUCAAAGCAGCAGUCAUGGUGUGCAUCCCCUGUAUUGUGAUUCCUGUCCUAUUGUGGGUCUACAAGAGGUUCCUGGAGCCUUACAUCUAUCCUUUCAUUUCACCCAUAAUUAACAAAUUCUGGCCCAAAAAAGCAGUCCAAGAGAAGGCUACUAUUGACCAACAAGUUACCAACAACAGUAAUGGGACUCAAAAGCCUGAAAGCAACGGUGAAGCCACUGCCAACGGAUCCACAAUAGCAGCAGAUAAGAAGACAGAUUAACAGCUCUAAAUGUUUAUAAUGCUUCUGAAACAAUGUAAAUAUGCCAGUAAUAUAAGAUAGAGAAACCAUACAUUUAUUUAUCAUACUUUUUUCAAUAAUUGGUUUUAACCUUCCAUAUUGUCCAGAUCUUGUAUGUAUUUUAUUCCAUUUGUAUAACAGUAACUUUAAGAGAUUGGUUAUAAUUGAUAUUCUUUCCUUGUUAAUUAUGAAUUGAUUUAUAAAUGUACUGUGUUGAUUCUUCACUCUCUAUGGAAACAUUUUUCAAUGUGGAUCUUGUAGUUUAAUGAAUAAUAAUAAUAAAAAA